AUGACCGAGUUCGUCGAAGACGUCAAGAAACCUGAGUUGACCACCCAUGUGGCCGACAAACACGAAAAGGGUUCCAUGAGCGAAUCUGUUGAUGCGUACAUGGAAGACUACAUGUCUAAGUUUUUGGACAUUUCCAAUAACGCUAAGGAAAAUGACAAGAAAGAGAAAUCCAUGUCGCUCAAAGAAGGUAUCAAGACCUUUCCCAAGGCUGCCUUGUGGUCUGUUGUAUUGUCUUCAUCCAUCAUCAUGGAAGGUUACGACAACAACCUUCUUAAUUCUUUCUACUCAUUUCCAGACUUUGUCCAAACAUUUGGAGAAUAUUUUCCUGAGAAGGAUAAGUGGGAGAUCCCAGCAAGAUGGCAGACGGGUCUCAGUAUGUCGGUUUCCGUUGGUCAGAUUUGCGGUUUGUUCCUUUCAGGUAUCAUCGCUGAUAGGUUUGGUUACAAGAAAACAUUGAUUGGUGCUUUGCUUUUGACUACGGCUUUCAUUUUCAUUGUGUUUUUCGCUCAAAAUGUUGCUAUGUUGUUAGUUGGUGAGCUUUUGUUGGGUUUUCCAUGGGGUGCUUUCCAAACAAUCACUGUGUCGUAUGCUUCCGAGGUUUGUCCUACUGUGUUGCGUUUGUACUUGACCACGUACGUCAAUGCUUGUUGGGUAAUUGGCCAAUUGAUCUCGUCGGGCGUUUUGAGAGGCCUUGUUGGCUCAACUAUUAAGGACUCGUGGAAAAUUCCAUUUGGUCUUCAGUGGGUAUGGCCCAUCCCAAUUGCGAUUGGUGUCUACUUCGCUCCUGAGUCACCAUGGUGGAUGGUCAAGAAGGGAAAAUAUCAAGAAGCCAAGCACUCCAUCAAAAGAUUGUUAACCGAGAAUGAGCACUUGCCUGACAAGGAGGUUAUGGCUCAAGCUAUGGUUGACAAGAUGAAGUUGACCAUCAAGGAGGAAAAAGCCUUGACCGCCGGUAUUUCCUUUUUGGACUGUUUCAAUAAGAAAAACAUUAGAAGAACUAGAAUUGCAUGUGUCACUUGGUUGAUGCAAAAUAUUACUGGUUCUGCUUUCAUGGGUUAUUCGACUUACUUCUACAUCCAGGCUGGUUUGUCUACCUCCAUGUCGUUCACGUUCUCCAUCAUUCAAUACGUGUUGGGUAUCAUUGGUACCAUAAUAGCUUGGUUUGCUUCUACAAAGUUCGGUCUUUUCGACAUUUUCUUCUUCGGCUUGUGCUCUCAGUUCGUCAUUUUGCUUACCACCGGUAUUCUUGGCUGUUUCCCAAGCGAAGGUGCAUCAUGGGCUGUCGGAUCCUUACUUUUGAUCUUCACUUUCGUUUACGAUAGUUGUGUUGGCCCCAUCACUUACUGUGUCGUUGCGGAGAUGCCGUCGAACAGCUUGAGAACCAAGACUAUCAUUUUAGCCAGAAACGUGUACAAUAUUGCCGGUAUCGUUAUCGCGAUUAUCAUGCCUUACAUGUUGAACCCAACUGCCUGGAACUGGAGGGCAAAGACAGGUUUCUUCUGGGCCGGUUUCGCCUUUAUCGCUGCAAUCUGGUGUUACCUCGAGAUGCCAGAAACAAAGAACAGAACCUUCUCUGAAUUGGACUUGUUGUUCGAGAGAGAGGUCCCAGCAAGAAAGUUCAAGACCACUUCUGUUGAAGUGUUUGACAUCGACGAAAUGAUGGACAAGUUUGGUGAAGAAGGUGUCAGGGACAUGGUCGAAACCAACAUUGUCGAGACGAGCAAGGUCGAAAAGGUCUAA